UUUCUGGGUCAACUGAGAAGCUUUUCCUUACUGGGUUUCUGGGUCCUUCUGCUUUCGUCGAUUUCAGCUUCCCCAAUUUUCACCUCCAAAGUCUCAGUCUCGUAAGCAAUCAACACCCAAAAGAGAAGAUCUUUACAUCCACGAAAACCAAUCAAAUAUUCAAUCAGGUACCUCAUACGACAACCAAAUUUGUAGUUUCAGAUUGUCGUUUGUAGAAUUACUGUUGAGGUACUUCAGCUUUUUCCUUGUCUGGGUUCGUUUGAUUGCAUUGGAUUCUGCAUCAACUUCAUUCCUUUAUGUGAAUUGUAUCGAGUUCUGUGACUGUUUGUGGUGUAUGUUGAUGUUUUCGGAUUUUGGGUAUGAGUGUUUGGUUGCUGAAAACAUAUGUCGGAAUUGGAGAUUCAGAAACUUGGAGUUAUUGGCUAUGUGGGUUAUGAAAGUUGAUUGUAUUAUUGCUUAGUUGAGUUGAGGUUUGCGGAUUACGUAGUGUUGAGAUUGUUGUUAUAUAUUGGUUGGUGUCCUGUGUAAAAAGGGGUUGAUGCUCUUGUAAUGGCACUUGCAUUGGUCCGGAACCUGCAUAACUUUUGGCCCUUAUCGGUACUCAAACCUGAUGACCUGAAGUUAUCUAAUGAAUUAGUACGAAAGCUUGGAAUACCCAACCACACGAAGCAGUUUGUUUAUGCGGUUCGUGAGCCAGAAACGGAGUCUGUAAUUUACAUAUUAUCGGCCCAGAGUUUAUCCGAGUGGUCAGCCUUGGAUGUGGAGUGUUUGAUUAGGGAGGUUAAACCUGAUGCGGUCAUUGCUCAGGUGGAUGUUUCCACCAUGAGUGAAGUUCAGUCCGGGAAGGGUGUGUCAGGAGAUGGUGUUGAAAGCUCAGUUCCCACUUCGUCGUUUCAGGUUCUGAAACGGUGUUUUCUGGAGAAGGUCAAUAGGGAUAAGUAUGAGAGCGUUGCUGGAGAAUUGGUUUUACAAGAGAUUUUUGGGGUUGGUUUUCAUGGACAUUUUUUGGCGGCUAGAAGGGUGGCUGAGGAAAUUGGGUCAUCAUUCUUGGUGCUUGAAUUUCCGUCCGGAAGAACUUCUGAUGACGAGAAUACCUCAGGUGAACUUGAUGCAGUGUCAAAGUUCCAAGGUUUAGCUAGUAGUUUGGUUCCACAGCAAUUGGGUUCAGUUGCUUCAUUGAGUUCAAAGAAGUUUCACCUAACCAAUGAUGUGCAGUCACAGAUAGUGAAGUUUUUAUGUCCGUACAUAGAUUUAUCAAUAUCAAAGCUAAGUUCGUCCAGUUCUGUUUCCGAGGCGGGGUCAAAAGACAUUCUGCCACAAUCUAGUUAUGAGGUCCCGCGUUUUGCUCAGUCUUUUUACCCAUUUCUUGUUGAUCUAUAUAACAUAUUUAUUGAUCUUCCAUCAAUGGGAAAGGUUUUAGCUCAUGCGCAAAAGAUGCUUUAUGAUGUGAACAAGGGUGAAGCUGUAGAUACCAAAGACAUAUGUGAAGUUUAUGCCUUCCGGAUUGCUGUCGAGGGGCUGAGAAUUGCUUUCAACAAUGCUGGUCGAAUACCCAUUAGUAGAAUAAGGAAUCCCAACUUAAAUAAGACUGAGUUUUCGGAUCUUCCAGUUGAGGACAAAUGUCAAGCUCUCUUCGCACAGGCCCUUCGGAGCCAGACUAAGAAGUUCAAUACCAUAGUGGCAGUAGUGGAUGCUAGUUGCUUAUCAGGUCUUCGAAAACACUGGAAUACUUCUGUUCCUUUAGAGGUAAAAGAAUUGGUUGGACAGCUUAUUACUGAUUGUCAAGGUGAGGGGGAAAUGUCUAAUCAUACUGACAAGAAGCGGUUAAUAAGUGGUAAACCUCUGGUGGCAGUUGGGGCCGGGGCAACAGCGGUUUUAGGAGCUUCUUCACUCUCUAAGGUUGUUCCUGCUUCAACCCUUAUGAAGGUUGUGACUCUCAAAGUUCCUUCUUCACUUCAGCUCUUUGUAAGCCAAACCCAUAAGACAGUGGGACUUUCCCUUAGUAAGAUUCUUGGCACAUCAAAAGUGGCAGUUCCUAGUGUUGCAAGUUCUGGAGUCAAAUCAACAACCGUAUUGAAAGCGACUGCAUCUGCUGAGAAGAUCCGGGCAGUUGCCCACAGUGUUAUAGCCACUGCUGAGAAGACCAGCUUUUCAGCAAUGAGAACAGCAUUUUAUCAAAUAAUGAGGAAACGGCGGGUCCGCUCAAUUGGUGUCCUACCAUGGGCUACAUUUGGAUGUAGUAUUGCAACUUGUGCUGGGUUAUUUGCAUAUGGAGAUGGGAUUGAAUGUGCAGCCGAAUCUAUUCCUGCUGCUCCAUCAAUUGCCAGUUUGGGUCGCGGAAUUCAGGGUUUACACCUGGCAUCUCAGGAAGUGAUACAGAGAGAUGGCACCAGAGUACAAAGAUCUAUUGACCAACUAAUGUACAGUCUGAAGAAAGUCAGAGUUCAAUAGAGUAAGCAUGCAAUUCUUGUCUUAUUUGUACUAGUCUAUGCUCUUCGUAGAGUGGUUGCCGUCUAAAAGAUAGAUUUCAUGGAUUUGUACUGUAGAUAUAAAGUUUAUAGUAAGAUUCUUAGAAUUCCAAAAGAAAAAAAAAAUAACUGUCAGAGCAGUGAUUCUUUGCAUCCUCAAUUUGUUGUUUUUCCUGGUUCUGUAUUGGGAAUCUGUUUUUUGGACUAGAUGCAACCUAUAUAUACAUUUUGC